UCAAAUUCCUCCCUUUCUUUCUCUUUCUCUUCAACAAAACAGAAUCAUUUUUGCCAUGCUGUUUAAUUCAGCCGACGGUCCUUCAUCGUGUUUGUCAUCAUAGCGAUUUAGUGUGGCCGCUUCAUCAAAUUUGUCAGUUUUGAGGAUAGAUCCAAUGAAAACAGAGGUGUGUGCAGAAACUAGGGGCAUGCUCUCUGCCUCCAGAUCUAGAGACCUGCUCCUGCGCUUCUCCGGCGGGUUCGCUUCAGAUGAGGCUGCGGAGGCAAAUAGCAGCGAUUCAGAUGAGAUCGAGCUCGGUCUUUCGCUUGGCGGGUGUUUCAACUCAUCCAACAAUCAUAAAAAUCGGAUCUUGCGAUCUUCCUCCAUACCAGCGAUCCUCCCUUGCGAGGUUCCGCCACUGUUUUCCCUGUUCCGCACAAGCUCGCUGCCGCAGGAGGAGUUUCAGGGCAAGACGAGGAUGGAGGUGAAGAGGAAGUGGGAUGAGAUAAGGUGUUUUGGAGGAGCUGGGGAGAGAGUGGAUGAGAAUUUAAAGGAGGGGCAGGUUUUGAAAUUGAGGAGAUUUGAGGUUAAGAAUGAGGGUUCGUUGGUUCGAAGUGGUGGCCCGGCGAACGGAGUUCCUUCUCCUGCGGCAUCAAGGUGGAUGGCCGGAGCUGGGAUGUCUCCAACGUUGACGAAAGGUAUGGCGCUGGCGUCGCAGGGUUCUGUUGUGUCUGAGGGGAGUAACUCUUCGGGAGGAUCGGAGUUGGAGAACAGAGCAGGUCAAGGCUUUGAACUCACUGGAUUCAGCCAUGCUUCAGAAACCAGAAGCCCUUCCAGGUUCAUGAUAAUCUCAGAACAAAACAAUCACAAAUCUCCUCCCUUUUCACCAUUAUCAGCAACACCUACCAUCAGCAAUGUCAUUAUGAGUAAUGAGCCCCUUUCACUAAAGAACAAUGGUGGAAGAUACAACAAUGGGACCGGUGAGCUCAGCAAGAGCACGACAAAGAUGCCGAUGGUGUCGACGAAAGUGGAGGGUCCAAACGGGCGAAGCAUACAAGGUUUCCUCUACAAAUAUGGGAAAGGGGAGGAAGUGUGGAUAGUUUGUGUGUGCCAUGGAAGCUUUCUUACUCCUGCAGAGUUUGUCAAACAUGGAGGUGGUGGUGAUGUUGCUCAUCCUCUUAGGCAUAUUGUUGUAAAUCCCAAUUCAGCUGCUUUUUUGUGAUGAAGAAGAUGGUUAAUGAAGCAGAGUUUGGUCAAAAAAGCGAAUGAUAAGAAAUUGGUUGGAUUAACGAACUGUUGGAGAGUUUGUACAUUCUCUUCAGCAUAUUAUUGUAAAUCUCAGCCCAGCAGCCUUCUUGUGA